CUGCCGCUAGCCGGGCUGCGUGCGGGGCGGCGCUGGAGGCGGCUCCGUCCGCGGCCGGGGAGGCGGAGGGGAGGAGGGCUUGCGGGGCUGGGGCGUUAGCUGCGUCCCGGCUGGAAGCCCGCGAAGAGAACUAGGAGGAAGGCGCCGCCGUGGCCGCGGCCGCAGUGUUCGGGCGCGACAAGCCAUGAGCAGCGACCCCGCGGGCGACGCCGCCGUCCCUGGCAGCCGCUGAGCCCGACCCCCAGGCAGCUCGCCGCUCCCUAGCACCUUCUCCAGUCGACACUCUCGCGCCCAGAGAAACAUGAUUCCUGUGACAGAAUUCCGGCAGUUCUCUGAGCAGCAGCCUGCCUUCCGAGUGCUGAAGCCAUGGUGGGAUGUGUUUACCGAUUACCUCUCAGUAGCCAUGCUCAUGAUCGGCGUGUUUGGAUGUACUUUACAGGUCAUGCAAGACAAGAUAAUCUGCCUUCCGAAAAGAGUGCAGCCUGCUCAGAACCACUCUUCCCUUUCGAAUGUCUCUCAAGCAGUUGCCAGUACCACUCCACUGCCUCCACCUAAACCAUCUCCUGCUAACCCCAUCACUGUGGAAAUGAAAGGCCUGAAGACAGAUUUGGACCUUCAGCAGUACAGCUUUAUAAAUCAGAUGUGUUAUGAGCGAGCCCUCCACUGGUAUGCCAAGUAUUUCCCUUACCUUGUCCUCAUCCAUACCCUGGUCUUUAUGCUCUGCAGUAACUUUUGGUUCAAAUUCCCUGGCUCCAGCUCCAAAAUAGAACAUUUCAUCUCCAUUCUGGGGAAGUGUUUUGACUCUCCUUGGACCACACGGGCUUUAUCUGAAGUGUCUGGGGAGGACUCAGAAGAAAAGGACAACAGGAAGAACAACAUGAACAGGUCCAACACCAUCCAAUCUGGUCCAGAAGGCAGCCUGGUCAACUCUCAGUCUUUAAAGUCCAUUCCUGAGAAGUUUGUAGUUGAUAAAUCCACUGCAGGGGCUCUGGAUAAAAAGGAAGGUGAGCAGGCUAAGGCCUUAUUUGAGAAGGUGAAGAAGUUCAGGCUGCAUGUGGAAGAAGGUGAUAUUCUAUAUGCCAUGUAUGUUCGCCAGACUGUACUUAAAGUUAUCAAAUUCCUAAUCAUCAUUGCAUAUAAUAGUGCUCUGGUUUCCAAGGUCCAGUUUACAGUGGACUGUAAUGUGGACAUUCAGGACAUGACUGGAUAUAAAAACUUUUCUUGCAAUCAUACCAUGGCACACUUGUUCUCAAAACUGUCCUUUUGCUAUCUGUGCUUUGUUAGUAUCUAUGGAUUGACGUGCCUUUAUACCUUAUACUGGCUGUUCUACCGUUCUCUACGGGAAUAUUCCUUUGAGUAUGUCCGUCAGGAGACUGGAAUUGAUGAUAUUCCAGAUGUGAAAAAUGACUUUGCUUUUAUGCUUCAUAUGAUAGAUCAGUAUGACCCUCUCUAUUCCAAGAGAUUUGCAGUGUUCCUGUCUGAAGUCAGUGAAAACAAAUUAAAGCAGCUGAACUUAAAUAACGAAUGGACUCCUGAUAAACUGAGGCAGAAGCUACAGACAAAUGCCCAUAAUCGACUGGAAUUGCCUCUUAUCAUGCUCUCUGGCCUUCCAGACACUGUUUUUGAAAUCACAGAGUUGCAAUCUCUAAAACUUGAAAUCAUUAAGAACGUAAUGAUACCAGCCACCAUUGCACAGCUAGACAAUCUUCAAGAGCUCUCUCUGCACCAGUGUUCUGUCAAAAUCCACAGUGCGGCGCUCUCUUUCCUGAAGGAAAACCUCAAGGUCUUGAGCGUCAAGUUUGAUGACAUGAGGGAACUCCCCCCCUGGAUGUAUGGGCUCCGAAAUCUGGAAGAGCUGUACCUAGUUGGCUCUCUAAGUCAUGAUAUUUCCAGAAAUGUCACCCUUGAGUCUCUGCGGGAUCUCAAAAGCCUUAAAAUUCUCUCUAUCAAAAGCAACGUUUCCAAAAUCCCUCAGGCAGUGGUUGAUGUUUCCAGCCAUCUCCAGAAGAUGUGCAUACAUAAUGAUGGCACCAAGCUGGUGAUGCUCAACAACUUAAAGAAGAUGACCAAUCUGACAGAGCUGGAGCUGGUCCACUGUGACCUGGAGCGUAUUCCUCAUGCUGUGUUCAGCCUACUCAGCCUCCAGGAAUUGGACCUGAAGGAAAACAAUCUGAAAUCUAUAGAAGAAAUCGUUAGCUUUCAGCACUUAAGAAAGUUGACAGUGCUAAAACUGUGGCAUAACAGCAUCACCUACAUCCCAGAGCAUAUAAAGAAACUCACCAGCCUGGAACGCCUGUCCUUUAGUCACAAUAAAAUAGAGGUGCUGCCUUCCCACCUCUUCCUAUGCAACAAGAUCCGAUACUUGGACUUAUCGUACAAUGACAUUCGAUUUAUCCCCCCUGAAAUUGGAGUUCUACAAAGUUUACAGUAUUUUUCCAUCACAUGUAACAAAGUGGAAAGCCUUCCAGAUGAACUCUACUUCUGCAAGAAACUUAAAACUCUGAAGAUUGGGAAAAACAGCCUAUCUGUACUUUCACCGAAAAUUGGAAAUUUGCUAUUUCUUUCCUACUUAGAUGUAAAAGGUAAUCACUUUGAAAUCCUCCCUCCUGAACUGGGUGACUGUCGGGCUCUGAAGCGAGCUGGUUUAGUUGUAGAAGAUGCUCUGUUUGAAACUCUGCCUUCUGACGUCCGGGAGCAAAUGAAAACAGAAUAACUUAUUUUUCGUUAAAGUUUGACUGAAACACGCUUCUACCAAAUACAGUAUAAAUAAUUAGGUAGUCUUAAUGCCUUUCCUAUUUUUUUUUCCUUUUCACACAAAACAAAAUGUACACAAAGAUCGCGUAAGGAGUAUGUAUUUUUAAUAAAAAUUUAAUUGUAUUUUUUCAAUAUUAAUAUUUUGAAGUUUUAUUUGUCUUGAAACACAAUGUAUCUAUUAUCUACUGACAGAAAGAGAUAGUUCCAUUUGGUUUUUUGUUUUUGUUUUUUAGUUCAUUCUUGUGGAAAGGAGGGAAUUAUAAGUUGCAUGCUUUUUGGCAUUUUUUAAAUAGGGGAAGAUAUUUUGCCAAGGCCGUUUUUAACUUGUUUACACCUGUACAGGGUUCUUAUUUUUGUUUUCAUUGUGUGUGUAUCAAGGAAUCUGUGCUAAUUAUUUUAAUACCAGCUGCCUUCUCCAUUGGCCAAGACCUUCAUUCAGUGGAACUUCACAUAAGUGCAUUGUCAUAGAGUAUUUUAAAUGUUCCCCUGCCUCCAACAAAACCCUAAACUGUGUUAUUUCAUAUACCUGACAGUUAUUGUUAUCCUUAGGCAAGGUUUUUGUGAGUGAAGAAAAUAAUCUUUAGUAGCUGGUAUGUUUGAAUUAGGCCUUUAUCAUUUAACUUAUUUGCAUUUUACCAACAUUUUAAAAAUAUUUAAAACCUAAAUACAAAGGCUCCUCCCACCUUAAUCUCAAUACUGCUAUGUAUUACUGGUGAACAACUUUGGAGAACCUAGAUUUAUUUUAAUAUUCUAAUAGAUAAUUAAAUUUUAAAAUGAUAGAAUUAGAAGCCUGGUUUUUGAGUAAUUUAAUCAUCUUUCAUAUCUUGAUAUGCAGCUGCAUCAGAUGGAAAAAAAUUUACUAAAGCACCCUGUUAAAGAGCUGGUGUGCUCCAGUGAGGCCCUCUCCUUUUCUCAGAACAGUGUGGCAGUGGUAAUCUAUUCAAAUUUUGCCUGUUACAAAAAAUAAUCCACUUAUAUAUACAGUCAGCCUUCCGUACUUGUGGGUUCUGCAUCUGUGGAUUCCACCAACUGUAGAUGGAAAAUACUCAAAAAGAAAGUUGUGUCUGUACUGAAUAUGUACAGACUUUUUCCUUGUCAUUAUUCCCUAAACAAUACAGCGUAACAACUAUUUAAAUAGGAUUUACAUUGUUUUAGGUAUUAUAAAUUACCUAGAGAUGAUUUAAAGUAUAUGGGAGGAUGUGCAUAGGUUAUAUGCAAUUUCUGCACCAUUUUAUGUCAAGGAUUUUGAACAUCCUCAGAUUUUGGUGUUCGAGGGCAUCCUGGAAUCAAUUCCCCAUGAUACCGAGGGAUGACUGGAUAUUAAUCGAUUUCCCUCAAGCCUGCCCUUGCUGUGAACUAGUGCUACAAGCACGGGAACUCCAUCUGCUCUCUGGCUUAAAAUAUGUAUCUCAUCUAAAAUUGUUCGUUAAAGUGUGAAGAAAUUGCUAAGUGGUUGUUGCUUAGCAAUAAUUUUUGCCUGACCAUCAGCAGAGCUUUUAUUUACCUUUGUAAUUAAAAUCCAACAUAGCAUGGGCUCUUGGGCAAAAUAUUUCACUGACUAUUAAGCACGUAGAACAGGAAAAUGAAAUACACUAUUUGUGCCCUUGACCUAGAACCAGAACCACUAAUUAUGAGAACUUUGUUUUAUGUACCAAAUUCACAUUGACCAUUUUCUGAGCUCUAGACUGAUCUUAGUAAGUUUUGUGACUUAACAAUGAAAGAAAGUAGAAAGAUGCUUUGGGUUUUCAAAAUGUUGUUUUUUAAAAUUGCUCUUUGGGUGAAUUUACUCAGUGCUGCUUUGAGUUGUAUACAGAAACAAAUGUUGGGAAUUGCUCCUCAGAAAUGUGUUCCUAAGUUGUGUUUUCAACUUUACAUCAUGAGGUGAAGCAUUAGGGAAAGAGAUUCUUUCGAUUUGUUUAAUAAUCUAAUUAUACAGACCAAAGUGCUUUACGUUUCUGCUCUAUGUUAAUGUUUUAGAAUGGUGAUUUUGCUGAUUAAUUUAGACCUGGAAUUGAAAUAAUGUGCUCAGAAUAAUAACAUGGUUAUAGUUCUUGUAUGAUAAAGUAUUCAAUUUCAGAAUAGUGUUGGAAUCCUGAGUUUGAAUAAUGUGUUGUAUUUAGAAACAUAGCCCUGGCCGGGCGCGGUGGCUCACGCCUGUAAUCCCAGCACUUUGGGAGGCCGAGGCGGGCGGAUCACGAGGUCAGGAGAUCGAGACCAUCCUGGCUAACACGGUGAAACCCCGUCUCUACUAAAAAUACAAAAAAUUAGCCGGGCGUGGUAGCGGGCGCCUGUAGUCCCAGCUACUCGGGAGGCUGAGGCAGGAGAAUGGCGUGAACCCGGGAGGCGGAGCUUGCAGUGAGCCGAGAUCGCGCCACUGCACUCCAGCCUGGGCGACAGAGCGAGACUCCGUCUCAAAAAAAAAAAAAAAAAGAAAGAAACAUAGCCCUAUCUGUUUUAAACAAAUAAUUUGUUGGCUGAUUGUCCAUGGUUGAGCAUGACAAAAAUACCUCGUCGAAAGGCAAGCUUAGGUAACUGCUGGCAAAACACUGGGUGCACUAUUUUUCUGGAUAAAAUUUAUAGUUAUUUUCUAUAUUACCCUUCAAAAGGGAUCUCUUCAGGUUAAAAAUCACGCUUAUGCUGAAGUCUUUAUCUGGUGUUAACUAAAAAUCUCAUAUGGGUUCAUAACCGAGGUCACUAAUAAUUCAUUUUUAUCACUUGUAAAAAUUUGCUCAAAAUUCCAAAAAAAUAUUGAUUUGUUUUUUAGUGAUUUUGCAGGCUGACUCCCAACCUAAGUUUUGAUAACAUCUAGUAAGUCAGUAUAGUUCUGUGACUUCAUGUUUUAACUAAGAAGGAAAAUUCAUAGAUAUUCCUAUUAGAUUUUAUAAACCUUCUAAAGUCUCAAACUUAAUUUUGAGUCUAAAUUUUCUGACACUGGCCCCUUUUAAUAUUGUAAGUUUUUGUUCACUUUCUUAAGUAAAAAAAACAUUUAAUUACUAGUUAGCCCUUAACUGGGAAACUCAGGUAAUGAACUGCUGGCUUUUCUAAAGUUCUUUAACUGAUCAGUUCUGUAUAGAGGGAUAUUUAUCUAACCACUUUCUGUAUUUUACAAGUGCUCUUUCUAAAAAGGAAUAACUAUUAUAGCUCUAUUUCCCCAAUCUCUAUAGGACUCAUGAGAAAUUGCUUGUGUAAAUAUAAAAGCACCAUAUGUGUUCUUAACUCCUAUGGCUGCUUGAAGCUCAUGAUGAAAAAGUCUUUUUGUCAGUUUUAAUUGUUAAGUACAGAACAAACAAUUGUUUGGUGAUGGCCUGGUUGAAAGAGAGCAUAUAAAUAUAUCCCAGUGGAACUCACCAAAGAAGACCACACCUCAGAAAUUAUUGCAUUUUCUCAUUAUGUGUUGGGUUUGAUUUGCUUUUGUUUUUAAUGCAGCUCUUUUAAUAUAAAGAUUCUUGAUACAGUGAAAUCUCUUAUUUCAAGUGUAAGUUAUUCUUCACCCACCCCUUCCCCUGCCAUUGUAUUUCCCAUCUCUUUCAAGGAGUUUCAACAAUUUACAUUGCAUCAUAUGCAGUAGGUACUGCUUUUUCAGAAAGACCUGGAAAACAUACCUGCUAUGAGUAUUUUGUUCAGAUGUAGCCAGUUACCUGGCUCUCAAGUUGUCUUUGUGGAGAGGGUCUUAGACAAAAAUCUUCCUUGUAUUUACUUGGGUUAAGUGAAGUCCAAAUUCUUACAGUAUGCUAUUUCAGGAUUUCUGAUAUCAAAAAAGAAAAAACAAAAUCUUUAUAUCUCUUAUUAACACUUCCCCCAAGAAGGGUUGUGCUGUUAUUUAUUUUCUAUUAUAAGAAAAGUUCAUUCUUUAAGUAGUUUCUUUUACCUCUAAUCUAAUUUCAUACCAAAUACCUGAUCAAUAGAAAUGAUAUAUUUAAGCAGCAAAGAUUCCUAAUCCAUCAUUAUGAAAAGUGUCAGCAUACUUAGUAGUGAACAGAUAAAGUCAAUUUGAAUAUAAUUCCACUUUGUUUUUAGAGACUAAAUUAAGAUUCAAUUAACAUUAUCCUAUGAAUUCUGAAUGUGAUAAUGUGAUUCAAACAGUCAAAUUUCAUUAAGCUCUUAGUAACUCAGGAUAGCAUUCCAUACUAACCUCAAGUUAGCAAAACAAAUUAGUUAAACAGCUUGGUUCUUAGCAGACUGCUUAAAAGAUCAAGAAAAUUUUCUCAUCUUUUCUUUCUACUUAGAAACAUUGCAAGAAACCUUGGAUAGUCUUCACCAGACCUGCCAUGAUUUUAUAAGAUUUAGGCCUCAGUGACAUGCUUCUGAAAGUUUCCUGCCAGCCAUCCAAACUAAGCAUCCACUCAUUCCAUCUUCCCAAAGUCACUCACCGAUAAAGGUAGCAUCCUUAAGUUCAUUUUUGAAAGGUGGAGGAGGAUCUCCCCCUGCCCAAAGGAAUUUUUUUAUCAGAAUACCUUGAAAGGGGGGUAUAUAAAUUUGGAAAACUUAAUUUCUUGGCUGUGUUUGAUAACAGUUCCUAUGCAUGGUUUUUAAUGUGAUGUAAAUUUGUUUCUUUCUUCGGAAUACCUCUCUCCACCCCCCACCUUAUUCUUCCUCUUUAAUGAAUAUUUUUAUUGGAGCUCAAACUCCAUGACUUAUGUGCUAAGUUUUCUUUUUUCCCCUUGUUUACUCUGUCUGUAUGUAUGUCAAAAGCUGGCAAAACCUCUAAAACUGUCAAGAAAAUGCUUGAAAGUUGAUUUGUCAUAGUGCAAAUUCAUGAUAAAAUGUCUUAAUGUUAUUUGGAUAUGUAGUACAUAGAAACAGAAAAAUAAAGUCAUUUUUAUAACUUAAAAUA